AUGGCUGAACGAAAGGUUUUAUCCAAGUAUUACCCCCCGGAUUUCGAUCCCUCGGCGAUCGAGCGCUCGUCUAAGCGUUCUCGCAAGGAUGGCAACGGGCCCAAGCUUUCGGCGAGCCGUCUGAUGACGCCUUUUUCCAUGAAAUGUACCCACUGCGGUGAAUACAUUCCUAAGGGUCGCAAGUUCAAUGCCCGGAAGGAAACUCUCGAGGAGCGAUACCUUUCAGUCCAGAUUUUCCGAUUCUACAUUCGUUGCACCCGCUGCAGCGGUGAGAUCACCUUCCGCACUGACCCCAAGAACAAUGACUACCAGUGUGAGCGCGGUGCGAAGCGAAACUACGAAGUCUGGCGCAACAACACAGACGAGAAGUACAAUGACGAAACCGAGGAGCAGACUCUGGACCGACUUGAGAAACAGCAUGGCGAGAAGGAGGAACAGAUGGAGCGUGACAAGAUGGCCGAGCUCGAGGACAAGAUGCUUGAUUCCAAGCGCGAGAUGAAGGUUGCCGACGCCCUCGACGAGAUCCGCACCCGCAACGCCCGUAUCGAGCGCAAGGAAGCCGGUGGUGCCGAGGCUGCUCUUGCUACCGUCCAGGAUGAAAUCGACGAGGAAACCCGCCGAGCUGAGGAAGAGGAGGCCGCCGACCGUGAGGCUCUUCGCAAGGAGUUCCAGGCGAAGAAACGUGCUGCACAGGACGACGCACGCGUGGCUGCCAUCGAAGCAAUCCUGAACCAGCCCCCUCUGAGAACAUGUUUAAGCGCCGCAAGCGACCUGCUCCUCGUGAUCCCUUCGGUCUCCGCAAGUCGAAGCCACGCCUCGUCUAAGGGCCCAUCACACGUGUUUAACACCGAGGAAAUUUUUUUUUAUGGGAAACGGAGUUUAGGGAUGGCAAGGAUAGGAAACUGA